CCUCUUUCCUCGGAGGAAACUUUCCGCCCGUUGGUCCAUCGCCCGGUGUCCGGCCUGCGCUGCGCCGUGGGGAAGCAAGCCGGAGGGACUGGACGUGGCGGGAGCGGCGGGGCCUCGGGUGUAUGCAGCCGCCGGGACGGACGCGUGACCCGCAGGGGCCGGGCAUCCGGGAAGCGGGGCGCUGACGGCUGGCCUGGGAACCGCACCCCGAGCAGCAUGGAUGCCCCCCGAAGGGACAUGGAGCUGCUGAGCAACAGCCUGGCCGCCUACGCGCACAUCCGCGCGAACCCCGAGAGUUUCGGCCUCUAUUUCGUGCUGGGCGUCUGCUUUGGGUUGCUGCUGACCCUGUGCCUCCUGGUCGUCAGCAUCUCCUGUGCGCCCCGCCCGCGGCCCCGGGGCCCUGCUCCUUGCCGGGACCCCCGCAGCAGCACCCUGGAACCCGAGGACGAGGAGGAGGAGGACACGAUGACGCGGCUGGGUCCGGACGACACGCUGCCUGGCCCCGAGCUGUCCGCGGAGCCCGACGGGCCUCUCAGCGUCAAUGUCUUCACGUCGGCGGAGGAGCUGGAGCGCGCUCAGCGGCUGGAGGAGCGCGAGCGGAUCCUGCGCGAGAUCUGGCGCACCGGGCAGCCGGACCUGCUGGGUCCCGGCGGCACGGGCACGCUGGGCCACGUGCACUAUUACUGAGGCCCGGACGGCCUGAGCACUGGACGGCAACUGAGCCCAGCGCCGUCUCCGGACCUCCGCACUGCCUCUGCCUCCCACCCUCCUGGUGCUACCGGCAUGACCUCGGCCUUCUGAGAGGCGCCUUUCCCCAUCUUUUGCGAAGGCCCUGGGGGCGGGGAUUGGGUCUGCGAAGCCACCACCUCUAGGAACCAGUGGAAGAGACCAAUGAAAGCUGCAAUCUGAGUGA